AUGGGUAUUUCAGUGAUUCUCGCCGCUGCUGCUUUGGCAGUGAGUGCUUUGGCAAUCGACGUUCCUGCAGCGCCGCCCACGUGGCCAUCAGGACGAUGCACGGACAAGUCCCUGACGAUCCCGAGCUGGAUCAUCACCAAGUACACGGUUUCUGGCGGCACCACGACCUUUACCGUGGACAACCGUGCUUCAGAACCGAACGGGCGGAUUGGCGACCUCCAGUGCAAGUCGGAUGGUGAAUGCCAAACUUCCGGCAACGAUGAGCUCCGCGGCUACCUCUCUCAGAGCCCGAACGGCCCCGUCAUCAAGCUGAGCGAGAUUUGGGUGUGUGGUGACGAAGGUGGCAACAACAACCACAGGGUCACCUUCACGGCCAGCGGCAGCACCACCAUUACCCAAUGCUCUGGAUCUGACUGCGUCUCUCCGAUCCCGUACCUUGUGCCCGGCACCCUGAGUCUACCCCUCCCAUUGACGCCGGCCCAGCCAUCGCCGCCCCCAGGCUACGACGCGGCAUCAUGUGCGAGUGUUGGCGAUAAUCAGUGGACGGUAACCGACGUGUCGUACCAGAAUUAUACCAAGGGCCAGUGUAAAGAGUGGUACAUCCCAGAACAAUUCUGUCUCGUCCAACCAGAUACUGGCUUCAAGCCCAAGGGCGUGCACCUCAACUUCAAGGUGAAAAACAACGCUAUAGAGCACGAGGUAGCUUGCAGCUUCACGCCGUCAUAUGAGAAAUUCCUCCCUCCUAGUCCUUUGCGCUGUACGGGGGGAGGAUUCAACAACAUUACGCUUGACGUGACCUUCACCGGCCAAGCGCCUAAUUUCGAACUCAAAGUCGAGGAGUUGUGGUACUGCCUUGAGAACCCUAAGACUAACGUCAAACCGACCGUCAUUGCCGCUGCGGGUAGCACCUCACUACAGCUUAGCUGCUCGUCGACCCCGGGCAUCACAGGCACUCCGGACGACAUUGUCACUAUCUGCACCGACCCGAACCCAUCCCAUGCCGUCAAGGGAGCCCAAACCGCCAAGCAGACGCUUCCAGAAUUCUCCCUCGUGACGGCAGAUCCCGUUCACGGCGGUUGCACCUUUGACAGCGUUGUUAACCCAACUUUUUAUAUGCGCGGCCUGUUCUUCGAAACGAACACAUUCCCAGCCAAUGAUCCAAACAGCGUGACGCUAAAUCAGUUUACCUGCGGCCUGACCGGCCCAGGCUUCGCGGACUACUUCUUCUCUUCGAGUGCGCCGCCCUUAUCGGGAAGUGGUAUAAAUACGGUGUACAACUGCAAUAGCUAUGGCGACGGUCAACCAAUCCACUGGAAUUGCAGCUUCAGCUUUGAUCCAUUUAAAAAGGUUUUAACACUGGAUAAAGUGUGGCAGUGCACCGACAAGGAUGCAGCACACCCAAUUUAUUUUGACGGCUCAGGCACAUUUGACUGGAAUAAAGACCCCUAUUCUAGUUGCACUACUAGCGAUACGUCGGUCAGGUGCUACUGGUACGACGACUUAGCGAGUUUGCAGCCCGGUAUCCCGUAUGAUAUUCCAAAGAUUACAACAAGCUUGACUAACGUUGCGCCACUCGACAUCGAAACUGUGAGGGUGAAUGCGAAGUGGGCUAUACCUAGCUAA